AGUCUUGGCACUGGCUUCCGAUCUCCCUCCCCAUUUCAAAACCCUGGCAAGCUUCAGAGGAAGGAACAUCCAGGAGAAAGAGGUACUGGAGCUAGCUAUCAGUUGGAUGCAUGUGCUUACCUUCCCAUGCAAGCAUUUUUGUACCUCAACUUCCCCAACUGCAAGUCUAAAUAGCUCGCUGGAGUUAUAUUCAGAGCCUUUAGCCAACCAAAAUGGAGAGUAUGCAGAGUUCUCAGCACUCUCUUCCUUAAUCUCACAGACAAACAGAGAGACAAAGAGGCUCGCAGACACAAGAUGGCUAAUUACUCUGAGGGACACAUUUGCCAAUGCCUACGACGGCUGGCGACCGUGCGGCGUAAUGCAGUGGUAACGAUCAGCGGGGACCGACGAAAGACAGGUGAACAAUUUGUGGAGGACGUUUUGUGUCUGGCUUUUGGGCUGCUGGAACUUGGCAUCGGCGCUGGUGACGUUGUCGCCAUCUCUGCUUUGAACAGUGAUUUGUACUUGGAGUGGUUACUUGCCAUUGCGUUUGUCGGAGGAAUAGCUGCUCCUCUGAAUUACCGAUGGAGCUUCGAUGAAGCAAGAUCGGCAAUGCUGCUUGUGCGGCCAGUUAUACUGGUUACCGAUGAGAGCUGUCAGAGCUGGUACUCAAACUUCCAAGAUAAUGACAUAACUUCCCUGAGGUGGCAUGUUUCUUUCACUUCUCCCUCCUCAGAUUGCAUGAAGACAUGGAAUGUAUUAACUACUGAAAUUCUCAAGAAGCAUUCUGUAACGUCUCUACCAUUGAACUACCGUUGGGCAAGUGAGGGUGCAGUUGUGAUUUGCUUCACUUCAGGAACCUGUGGGAGGCCAAAGGGAGUCACCUUAACCCAUGCUGCCUUGAUUGUACAAUCCUUGGCAAAACUCGCCAUUGUUGGUUACGAUGAGGAUGAUGUUUAUUUGCACACAGUGCCACUGUGCCACAUUGGUGGUCUCUCAUCUGCCAUGGCCAUGCUAAUGGUUGGAGGUUGCCAUGUCAUAGUACCUAAGUUUGAGCCUACAUCGGCUCUUGAAGCCAUAGAGCAAUGCAGAGUAACUUCUCUAAUAACCGUCCCUGCAAUGAUGGCUGAUUUUCUUUCUUUAAUUAGGCGGAAGGAAAAUUGGAAAGGGAAGGAUACUGUGAAGAAGAUAUUAAAUGGAGGUGGAAGCCUGUCAAUUGAGCUUAUCAAGGAUGCCACCUUAUUCUUCCCAAGAGCUAAGCUUCUCACAGCUUAUGGAAUGUCAGAGACAUGCUCUUCGCUGACCUUCAUGACCCUUCAUGAUCCAAGAAUGGAAACAUCCAGCCAGCACAUUAAGACUAUUGCUGAUACAAAACAUACAUCCGUUCACCAAACACAAGGUUUUUGUGUUGGCAAGCCUGCACCCCAUGUUGAAUUAAAGAUAUGUACAGAAGGCUCUUCUCACGUUGGAAGAAUUUUAACUAGAGGUCCACAUGUAAUGCUUGGCUACUGGGGUCAAAUUCCAGCAGUGGCAUCUGAUUCUACUAAUGAAAUCUGGCUUGACACUGGUGACAUUGGGUCCAUCGACAAGAAUGGUAAUCUAUGGCUAACUGGACGUGCAAAUGGUAAAAUUAAGAGUGGAGGGGAGAACAUUUACCCCGAAGAGGUGGAGGCAAUCCUGUUACAACAUCCUGGGAUAAUUGGCAUUGUCAUUGUUGGGAUUCCAGAUGCUAGACUGACAGAGAUGGCUAUUGCUUGUAUUCGGUUGACAGAAAAUUGGCUUUGGCCUGAUACAAGCUUUAUACACUCGGCAGAAAAUGGAGGGCUAGUCUUAUCCACUGAAAUUCUUCUACGCUAUUGUAGAGAAAAGAAUAUAACUGGGUUCAAGAUACCCAAGAUGUUCAUUUUAUGGGAGAAACCGUUUCCACUCACAACAACUGGGAAAAUAAAAAGAGACCAAGUUCGAAGAGAAGUUAUGUCUCAUCUGCAAUCAUUGCAUAGCAAUUUAUGACCAUUUGGCCUCAUUUGAUUGUUUAGAGCACCACAUCCAGAUGCUUAGGUGAGGAUCUACCCAUGUUCUUCUUGGCCAAUAGCACAUAUAUGUGGAAGAAGCAAGCCUUAGUCUAGGACAGCAAGUGUGGAUGUUUUGAAGAGUUGUUUUGGUUAUUGUACCAAAACAAAAUAUAUUUUUAAUCACAUAUUACUAUAUGAUUACAAUUCAAAUUAUAUGAUAAUGCAAUUCAAUUUAAAUGAGAUAUAUAUGCCUAUAGAA